AGAUCUGUGUGUGCUUGCAUUGACGUCAAAGCAGCAGGCUGGAUGUAUAAAACCCUCCGUCCUCUCCAGACACUGCGCUCCUCACUGGGACUUCUCCAGACUCUGCUCCGACCUGACAUCCGCAAAGUUCAGCUGCAGCUUCUGCAGAGAACAAAGUGAGUACCACAGUUUGCUUUCAGACUUGUGCUUUUAGAUAUUACAGUGUGAGAUUUGGCGGGAUUGGAUGUAUUUCUGCAGCAGAUUAUCACCAUUUUAACACCUCUGGAUGUUUGCGCAUCUCUUGCUCAGUUGUGCACUUUUCAAUCAGCUGAUACAGAUUGAAGACUUUCAGAUGGUUGUGCGGUUUAGUCGAGUUUGGUCCUUUUGGAAAUCCAUGUUUUCUUUCUUGGGCAAGGCAGUGAUCUGAAAUGUUUUUUGACUUAAUACCAAAGCAAACGUGAAACAUUGUAACCUUCAAACCAAUCAGGUUAUUGUCAUCUAAGGCCUGCGUAAAAUUCGCAGGAAUGAGGCUAAACAGUUUGGGGGGAAAAACGCCCUAAACGGACACUAAGUUUAUAAGUAUGUCUACUCUUUUUCUUGAGCUCUUAUGCACAAGAUAUGCAUGAAAGGAAGUUGUCCAAAAAAGCAAAAACAACAGAUAAAAUGUGAUUUAUUUGUCAACCUCACAUUUGAGCUUAUUUUGUGAUCUAUCGUCUCUUUAUUCAUGGACUGUCUGUCUCUGCAGGACAUGAAGUCAGUCCCCCUGCUCCUGCUCCUCUCCUCGGUCCUCCUCUCGUCACACCUCCGCCUCGCCGCCGGCAGACCGCACUCCCUCCCCGGCUGGCUGGAUGGCCGCCUCCAGACGCAGCAACUUGAAGAAGUGCUCCUCAGAGCGGCGGCAGCCGGGGACAGCACCGCCUCAGAGCUGCUGGGCGAAAACCUCCUGAAGUUAGUCCAAAGCAGAAACCAGGACCCCCUGAAUCUGCUCACACCGGAGGAGGAGACCGAGGACGAGGCGGUGAGGGCGGCGGCAGCACAGCUUCUCAAGCGCAGCGAGGACCCGCCGCUGUCCAUCGACCUGACCUUCCACUUGCUGAGGAAUAUGAUCCAGAUGGCCAAGAUGGAGAGCCAGAGGGAGCAGGCUCAGCUCAACCGCAAAGUCCUCGACGAAGUCGGGAAGUAAAGUUCUUUUUGUCUUCGAAAAAAUGCCUCAUACAGCAGCCUGACCGCUGUCCAAGUAUCCAAGACCUCUGACAUUAGUUGUUGUUUGUGCGCCUGCCUUCCUCUCCUCGUCGUUUUACGCACACACAGUUGCCAAAUUACGCAUCAGAGCAUCCGCGAGCAAAACGUCCAUCCAUAAGUUUGAUUUAAAAACUUUGUUGGAAAACAUGGAAACGGACUUCUCUGACCCCUCACCCUUCACCCCUCACCUUUACCUGGCUUCACCUCUCCUCUCCUUCUCUCCCACACUCACACCAAUCUCUGCUCUGGACAUUUGGAAAACUUUCCUACCCACCACUGGAUCCCACAUUUGGACACUUUUGAGCAGAGCUGUUGCUAAUGUGUCUGUCUGAUCUAAUAUUUUGACAACUGAGGAAAAAAAUGCAGAUAAAAAGUUCCCAAAAUGAACCAAACAGGCCAGAACAAAACAUUUUAAAGGUUAGACUUCUCUUUAAAACGACUCAGUUUAAUCUUACACUACUUGUUGUCAACAAAUUUGGUGAAAUGAUGUUUGACUUGCACUUGUCUGUGAUUGCCAUACGAUUUGAAUCCUUCAUGGGCUUCCUGUAUCAAAUCAAAUUCAAGGUUUCUUGUUGGCAACAAAAUUGCUUUGAUAUAGUUUAUUGUGAUUGAAACAAUCGGCCAAAUUAAGUGGCUUAACUCAGAGAAUCAGCCUUUAAUAAAAACAUCAUAUAUCUUAUCAAUUUACAGGAUAAUGAGGUUGAAAGUUUGCACAUCUCUCUGAUCCCUGUUCCUUUCUGAUUGAUCAAACUUCAUGUACUGAGAUAGUCUGGAUAAACACUUCAUGUCUGAUUAAUUUUCCCUCCCCACCUGUCAGCUCUCACCUCCUGAUUCCUUCUUCUCUGUCCUUUUGUUUGAGCGGGAGCACUAUCACCUGUACUGUACCUACUGUAGCAUGCUACUCUACAAAAAAAAGGAAGAAAAAAAAACUGCUUUAUUUUACCGUGAACAUUCAUGUCUGACAUCGAUCAAAUUGUCUUUGUUUUAGCAGAGGAAAGAGAAAAGCUUUUUGGCCAUUUAUAUUUUGUAAUAAAAAAUGAUCCGAGUGAAAAAAAAUCACGUCUUUUGAUUCUUUAAUUUGUUUAAAUCUCAACAUAUAUCAUUCAGUUAUAUAUUUUUGUGAUGUGUGUUUUAAGUGUAUUGUCUCUAAAUGCUGAAAAGAAACCAAACGUUUGCUCUAUUCUCUGUAUCCAGUCUGCAACAAGGGCAAAAGAUCAAAAACUGGUCAUCUGUCUUUUUUGGAAAGCAUUGACAGCUAAUCUUAACACUUACAGACCAGAUUUACUUCAAAUUAAAGUAACACAUUUGUUUCUUUUAGAAAAUGAUUCUUUGUUAUGAUAGUGAGCCUGCUGACCUUUUUCCUAGCACCAUCAACAGUUGUCAGCAGUCAAGUAAGGGGACAGCAUCAACAGCAAACAAGCAUCAAGGUUCUGUUCAAUUAAAAAUCUACAACCUGAAAAGAAAUGAGGAUUUCAACCAACAGUAAAGACUUAGUUUAGACAAUGUGCUCACAGUAUUUGUUUAACUACAUAACAUUUUGUUGUAUUUGAGCUUAAAGCUCAUGUAAGGAACUUUUUGCUUGUGUUGAUUUUGGCGCCCCCUGUGGAUAAAUCCAUCUCAUCUCUCUGCUCAUCUUGUCCUGUACAUGCAAAAAGUGGUACGAACCCAUGAUUUAAAGGUACAGCUUUAAAUACAUCGCUUUCAUUCCUUU